AUGUCGGGGGUGGUGUGCGCUUGGUUGCGGAACGAUCUGCGGUUGCACGACUCCCCCGUGCUCCACAGGGCGGUGGCGGCUUCGAGGCAGCGUGGGCAGCGCGUUCUGCCAGUGUACGUGCUAGACCCCCGGCACUUCCGACGGACCCGCUGGGGGACGCUCAAGACGGGGCCCAUCCGGGCUCUGUUCCUGCUGCAGUCCAUCCGUGCCCUCAAGAGGCGCCUUCGGCAGGUCGGGUCGGACCUGCUGGUGCGGGUGGGGCGCCCAGAGGAUGUUCUGCCGCUGCUGUUGGCGGAGGGUUCGCUCGUGCUGACGCAGGAGGAGGUCACUUCAGAGGAGACCGGGGUCGACCGCCGAGUCCGGGCAGCGAUGCCAGGCGUGCAGUGGGAGUAUUGUUGGGGAUCCACGUUGUUCCACCGGGAUGACCUCCCCUUCAAAGACGACCUCUCGGACAUGCCAGACGUGUAUACCCGGUUUAAGAACCUCACCGAGCCAGAGCUGGCGUGCAAGGCAAACGAGGUGCCCCCGACGUUCAACGGGCAGCCAAAGUUGGAGAGCGCAAUGAAGGUUCGGCGCUGCCUCCCCGAGCCCGAGAAGGGCUCGCUGCCGCUGCCAGGCGUCGAUGGAGAGGGAGCGCCGCUGUCCUUCGAGCCCUCCUGGGCCGACCUGCCCUACCAGGAGCCCGUGCAGGAGCCACGGGCGCACCCUGGGGCGGUCAUGGUCUUCGAGGGGGGCGAGGACGCAGGGCUUGCUCGCCUGAGGCACUACGUCACGGACGCCGAGCUCAUCGCCACCUAUUUCGACACGCGGAACGGGAUGCUCGGCGCCGAGUAUUCGACGAAGUUCGCACCCUGGCUGGCCAACGGCUGCCUCUCGCCGCGGAGGGUCUUCGAGGAGCUGCGGGACCACGAGGCCAGGCGCGCCGCGAGCAAGUCCACCUACUGGGUCCUGUUCGCCCUGACGGCGCGGGACUUCUUCCGCUUUCAGGCCGCCCGGCACGGCGACGCGGUGUUCCGGGUGGGCGGGCCGGCGGGGCGCUCAAAGGCGUGGAGGGGCGGCGACCGGGAGUUCGAGCUGUGGGCCCAGGGUCGGACCGGCUUCCCGUUUGUAACGCAAAUAUGA